UCCACCCACGUCUUCUCUACUCCCCCUCCUAUUUACGCGCAUACAUCCACCUCACGCCAUUCAAGCCGCACCUCGUCGUCCGACCGCAUGCCAGCUGAGGAGCUGGCUAGCUAGCAACGUUGGACUACGGCCUGUUCGCUCGCCUGCCUUUGCCGCCGAUCCUUGCAAGCGCUCUCCACCAUGGCCCGAUCACCUUUAGAUCUGGUUACAGGGGCCCUCGCCAGCCCGGUAUGGGUCCGAGCUGGGGAGGGCACAACAACCGUCUCAGAUGCAUAUCUCCACUCCAGCAACCUCACAGAUGUAGCUUUGUACUACACGGUGCAUGCGAUCCCUCAAGUCUACAACCCCGGAAUCAUCGUCGCGUCCAUCGCAGUCGCCAUUCUCGGUUCGUAUUCAACCCUGUUGCUGCUCGGCAAGCGCACGAGCAACAAAGGCGCGCGCAACAUUACUCUUCUGGUCAUGGCUGCCUCGGUCAUGGCGUGUGUCGGAAUCUGGGGCAUGCACUUUAUCGGCAUGCACUUUUCCCUCCGGCCGAUCCCCAACGUGAGCUGGUAUGUCCAGUUCAGCCCCGGCUUCACGGUGUUCAGUCUAUUCGUUCCGACCAUCUCGCUCGUCAUUGCCUUCUUUUUUGUCGACGAUGUCGUCUCAUUUUCGAUGUGGCGCGUCUGUCUCUCCGGCGUGAUUACCGGCCUGAUCGUCUCUCUAAUGCACUAUUCGGCCUCAUUCAAGGCCAACUUUGUCGUCACGUACAAUCCCAUUCACACUUCGUUCUCCAUCCUGCUCGGCUGUGUCGCCGCCACGAUUGCGCUCUUCUCGUUCUUCCGCUUCCGCGCGCAGUGGGAGGACAGCUGGUGGAAGCGGCUCGUGUGCGCAACUAUCCUCGGUGCAGGCGUCUCGGGCAUGCACUACCUAGGCGCCGCCGGAACGUCGUACUAUGUCCCGCCUGACCCGACGGCGGUCCCCGGCAUCCUCAGCACGGGAAGCUACCAGAGCAACGUCGUAACGAUCGCCAUUGGCGUCAUGUGCUUUGCCAUCAUUGUCUUUUCGACCUUCAUCCCCGUCUCGGACGUGCUCACGGCGCGCGAUGCGCGCAACAAGGCGCGUAAAGUCGUCGUCUGCUCGGCCACGUUUGACAAGCAGGGCCGUCUGCUGGUCAAGCAGGACGGAACCAUGCCCAUGAUGGUCAUCGAAACGCAGAUCCAGAUUAAGGACAUGCUCGAUUAUCUCGACAACCGCCAGCCGACGUUCCAGUGGCUUUAUUCCAUCUCGUGGGACUGGAACAUUGUCGCGCCAUUCCUUCGCGCCAUCACCGCCUUUUUCUUCGCCAAGGACCAAGAGGAGCAGCGCCGCGCAUCGCAACGCCACUCCGGCGGCGGCGCCGGUCUCUUCAAAGUCAAGGCUCUCAACAAGAGCCGUCGCAGCAUCGACGCGCUUAGCAGCAUGCCCAACAAGGGCCCCGCUGCCCUCGCCGAGUUCCGCGACCGCUUCAUUGACGCGGCCAACCACCUAAGCUUUGAGCUCGACAUCCCCCUGCAGCAGAUUGGCGUCCUGUACGACCGCGUCUUCCCCACAGGCACGCGCAAGGUGGCACUGCAGGCGGCCAACAAUGGCCACGAGUUCAAGCCGCAUCGCGAGACGCUCGAGCGCUUUGACGAUGAGAGCUCGAUCAACGGCCAUGUCCCCAGCAUCUUUGGCGACGGCGAGAACGAGGAGGAAGGCUUGAUGCUUUUCCUCGUCCGCGAGCUUCCUGGCAGCAGCGGCGCCAAGGACGCCGCGGAGAAUGCUGAAAAGUAUCGCCAGCGUGGCUACCGCAUGACCGAGACGCGCUUCCUCGCUGGCGUGCUCGCUGACCGCGUCGCGGUGACCAAGCCCGAGAUGGAAGUGAUGCUCGACUCGCUGCGCUUGUACGCCAAGCGCGGCACGCGCCCUGUCGUCCAACCUGGCGGCGUAUAUGCAGGCCUCUUUGGCGUCCGUCCAUCUACGAGCAGACAGGGAGGCCUCGACGUGCUUGUGUACAACUUUGCCCGCCAUCAGAUCCCCGCGUACCGGCUGCCGGACGUUGCUAAGAUCACACCCGAUAUGCGCGUCUUCCUCCGCAUGCUCGACCAGAUGACGAUGGAGGAGGCGAUGAAGGUGUGCGAGCGCGAAUCGAUCCGUUCAGGCGAGCAGCGGCGUUACGUGAACGGCCUUGCCACCGCACAACAGCAGGAUGCCAAAGGCGACAUUGCCGCGACCGACGAUGAGAAUGUCGAGCUGAUGAUACAGUUCCAGACGGCGCUCUUUAUUGCGCUCGACGCGCUGCACAACUCGGUCCGCUUCUACCCGCGCAUCGCGCAGACAGCCCGCAUCAGCGCUGAGGUGCUCGAGGUGCCGUCGACGCUCGACGACUCGACGGCCCCGGCAGAGAUGAUCCUGAUCCAGGCCGUCUUGCCCGAGGCGCGCGUAAGCCCCAACUCGUACUCGGAGCUGGUCAACGCAGCUGCCGCUGAGACGGUGCCGACGGACCGCCCCGGUAACGGCACUCCGUUUGUCUUUACACCAUACACGCUCUUUUCCAAAUCGCAGAUGAUGCUUCUCCGCGGUCGUCAGGCGGACGACUUUGAGCACGAGGUCGUCAUUGAGCUCCGCCGCCGUUACCCAUCCAGCUUGAUGCAGGAGGCCGAAGAACGCGCGUCCGACCACCAAAGCCGCAAAACGCACAGCGUUAUCUCGCACGACAUUAGCUACCUCCAAGUCGAUGAGAAGAAAUACGGCGACGAGGAUGACUAUGGCGCCGACGAUCACGCUUCUGGUCACAAUAUUGGCGGUGGGAGCGGUGGUAGCAACAAGGGCGGCUUUUCCACGCGCUGGGGUAACCGCAGCAAGCAGCAGCAGCGUGGCAAACAGGGCGAGUACUACCACUCUGAGAGCUUUGCGCUCUCGCCUCGCCGCAAUAGCUCCUCCUCGGCUGUCUCACGUACCGGUCCGGGCCACAGCGCACGCACACCGCCCAUGGAUCAAAAGGAGAUGCGCCAGGUUACCCACGCCGGCUUGACCCCGCUCCGCGCCGACAACAGCAAUAACCCUCAAUCGCCUAUCUCACCCUCUUCCACUGUCACCGCCGUCAACUCGCCGGACCGCCUGCCCGAAUACAGCCAGGCGGACCACGACGUGCACGCGUCGCAGUCGCUUGGGAUAAGGCGCUUCAUCGAUGGCGGCCUCCCGGCCAACGCAUUGUCGGCGUUAGCUAAUGCGCGCUAUGCGCAACCCGCCGACGAAACGAUUGUUGAGGAAGACAUGUCACAGAAUGACGAUCAGCAGCAACUCACAUCAGCAGCAGCAGCACCGGUCGGCAUAUCGGAUCUGUCAUCUGACGAUGGACGGUCGAUCUGUGAUGCCUCAUCCGCGGCCGACCUCUCCGCGCGAGCGCCAGCCGUCGUUCGCAAACGCCCAGGUGUCAUGCCGCCAGCCGUCGGAGGUCUCGCGGCCGCUGCACCCAUCUAUGAAUCCGCCACUACGGCCUCACGCGGAAGCACCAACGCCUCACGUCGCCGGCCUGCAACUGCUGCUGCAGGCUCAGGCACCGGCUCCGCCAGUACCGCAGGUGUAGAACCGCUUGGCUCGCUCGUCGCGCCACCGCCGCGCAUCAUGCGCUCCAGUUCCGGAGGCCCGCGCCCGUCGACUGCUCCUUCCUCUGGACGAAGGGAGACAGCGCUACUCCGCCCGCGCACGGCAGACAGCGCUGGUAACGGCAGCAGCAGCAGCAAUGCGCGUUUCCUCAGUCAGCGACACGCUGCCAGCGCUUCCUUGUCGGCCAACGAGGCUAGUUUGCUUGCGCGACUUCGCAGCGAUGACUGGUCGACGCGUCAACUGCAGUCGCUCGAGCGCGGUCCGUCGGGUCAGCUGUUGCUUGGUGUCGACUUUUGAUUGCGCUCCCUCCACAUUGCAUCAUGGCUCGCUAGCAUUGCAUUUCGUCUCGUUCCGCUCCCGAGCCGAGCCUCGUCGCAGGUUUGUUCAGACUUCUGUCUCUGUAUGGUGCAA